GUGUUCACUUUAAAGAAAGAACUAUUACAUUGCGAGGAUACAAAUUUAGAUUCAGUAUAUGGGAUUUUGGUUACCCUGAAUUUAUUUCUUUUGUUUGUAAUGAUUCUGUUGCUAUUCUUUUUAUAUUUGAUUUAUCACAAAUAUCCACAUUAUGCAGUAUUAAAAAAUGGUAUAAACAAACAAAAAAUUUAAAUAAAAAUGCAAUCUAUUUUCUUAUUGGGACAAAAUAUGAUAUAUUUAAAAAUUUUGAAAAGAAAAUUCAGUAUGAUAUUACAAAUAAGGCUUAUGAUUAUGUCUUUAAAAUGAAAGCUUCAUUAAUAUUUUGUUCAUCAAAACAUUCUAUAAAUGUGGUAAACAUAUUUAAAGUAAUACUUUCAAAAUAUUACAAUCUCAGUUGUAAACUUCCAGAAAUUAAAGAGGUUGAAGAUCCUAUAUUAGAAUAUAAAAACAACCUGGAAACAGAUAUAAUUUGCCAAAAAUCAUACUGA